AAAAAUGUUCCAACUUGGAGACUGCCAUUUUCAUUCGGAAAUACCAACAUUCAAAUUCUGUCUUGGGUAAUCUACGAAUAAACCGUUUUGUGAACAAACCUACGAACAACAAACUUCUUUCUGACAGAUGACAUUCUAUGUUUGUUUUUAUAGCCUACUUUAUAAGAUAAUGCGAUUUUUUUAUAAAGUUUAUUUUUUAAAUAUAAACAAUACGUUUUUGAAGAGAAACGUUAGUAACGAGUUAUUAACCAGGAAUUGUAAAAGUUUUCAUUGCAUUCCAGGGCCACUAUCAUUACCUGGAAUUGGCACUCUUUACCAGUACUUUCCGGUGAUUGGUCAGUAUAGGUUUGAUACACUACACUUAAAUGGCUUUAAAAAAUACCAGAAGUUUGGACCAGUUGUUCGGGAGCAGAUUGUACCAGAUGUCAACAUCCUGUGGUUAUUUGAUCCAAGUGAUAUUGAAACCAUGUUUCGACAUGAAGGAAAAUAUCCUCAGAGACGCAGUCACCUAGCCCUUGAAAAGUAUCGACUUGACAGACCUAAUGUUUACAACUCUGGAGGAUUGUUACCAACAAAUGGACCGGAAUGGUUCAGAAUCAGAAGUGUCCUCCAGAAAGGUCUAAGCAGCCCACAAGCUGUCAAAAGGUUUUUGAAAGGCAGUGAUCAGAUAAUUCAAGAAUGGAUAGAGUUCAUUGGACAACCCCCAAAGAAACAUAGAAAUGAUUAUCUACCUGAAAUCUCAAGGUUAUUUUUAGAAUUAACAGGGUACUCAAUGUUGGACAUAAGAUUAGAUAGUUUCUCUUACCAUGAGCAUCAGAAACACUCUAGGACAUCACGCCUCAUAAAGGCUGCAUAUGUAACAAAUUCAUGUAUUUUAAAAACUGACAAUGGACCGCAGUUAUGGAGAAAGUUUGAGACUCCUCUUUACAGGAAACUCCGGAAAUCUCAGGAAUAUAUGGAAGAUGUUGCUAUAGAUCUACUAUCAUUAAAAAUGUCACUAUUUAAAGAAAGGGAUAAAUAUACUCCACUUACAUUACUUGAAACGUACCUCUCAUCCCCAGAAUUGGAUUUUAAGGAUAUUAUUGGUGUCAUUUGUGAUUUCUUACUGGCUGGAAUAGAUACUACAACGUACACCACUAGUUUCCUAUUAUACCAUUUAGCUAUCAAUCCUGAAAUACAACAUAAAGCAUAUGAAGAAUCUUUAAAACUGCUUAAAACACCUCAAAGUGCUGUAACUGAAGAUGUAUUGAAGGAAGCAGUAUACACAAAAGCUGUGCUCAAAGAAUCACUCAGGCUGAGACCCGUAUCUGUUGGUAUCGGUCGAAUUUUACAAAACGAAGCUGUAUUCUCUACAUAUCCGGUGCCUGCAGAGACAGUGGUAGUCAGCCAAAACCAGAUAUCUUGCCGACUAGACAAGUAUUUUGAAUGUGCUGACAAAUUCUCACCGGAUCGAUGGAUAAAAGGGCAUCCUCUGUACAAACAGGCACAUCCAUUUCUACUAUUACCUUUCGGACAUGGUCCCAGGUCGUGCAUUGCUAGGAGAUUAGCAGAGCAAAACAUGGUUAUACUAACACUAAAGGUUGUAAGAAACUAUAAAAUAGAAUGGGCUGGAGGAACCUUAGACUCUAGAUCAUUACUCAUAAAUAAACCAGAUGGACCAAUCUUAUUAACUUUCAAGAAAAGGGAAUAACUUUUUAGAAAAUUUUUAUUGAUUCAUUUUUGAAAUGUACAACCUAUGUAUUUUAAUAUAUUGUAAUAAAAUAGUUUAUCUAUUUCUGUAUGGUGUCCUAGUUUUUCGGUUAAGGAAUUUAUACAAAUAAAAGAUCCUCUUUUCUAA